AUGCAGGAUUUGAACGGUUCCGCCCAAAACAGCGGCAAUUCGGGACGCUUUCCCGGCCACGCCUCGAAGCCCUCCAACAGCGAUACUGGCUUUUCCCAUGGAGCUUUCACCUCCAACGUCUCUGGCUUUGCCGAGAGACAUCCUCGCCGUGGCAACAUCCCCUCUCUCAACACCCAGGUGAACCAGGGGCCUGGUGCCAACGCUUCCGAUGUCGCCUCUCCAGGAAACGCUUUCGAUAUGCAGUUCACACCCCUUCUCCCGUCGCAGCUCCUCAUGGGUAGCCCAUUCCAGCCUGGCAGUCCUGCUGCCUUUGGUAGCCCUCAAUUCCAGUCCCUCUCCGCUUUCCAAGGUUCUCAUCAGCAGCCUCAGGCCAGCCAGCAGCACAGCCAGCAGCACAGCGGCGGCAUGUCCAGCCCUACCCAGCAGAACAUGUCCCCUCAGCAGUACCAUGCCAUGGUUUCGCCUUCUCAGUAUGGGGCGCCUCAGUUCUUCCCGCCUCAGUCUCCUACCGGUGGCUUCAACAUGCAGCCAUCGAUGCAGCCUGGCUCGCCCGUCUCCAUGAACGGCCCCUCGGCCAAUGGAACCAGCCGAACCGUUUAUCUGGGCAACAUACCUCCCGACACAGCUGCCGAAGAGAUACUUGGUCACGUUCGCAGUGGCCAAAUCGAGUCUGUCCGUCUGCUUCCCGACAAGAACUGUGCCUUCAUCUCCUUCCUCGACGCCAGCUCCGCCACCCACUUCCACUCUGAUGCCAUCUUGAAAAAGCUCUGCAUCAAGGGUCAGGAUAUCAAGGUUGGCUGGGGCAAGGCUUCUUCAGUUCCCACAUCGGUCGCCCUCGCUGUUCAACAGUCUGGUGCUUCCCGCAACGUCUACUUGGGCAACUUGCCCGAGGAGGUGACUGAGGACGAGAUUCGCGAGGAUCUCGGCAAGUUUGGCCCCAUUGACACUGUCAAGCUGGUCCGCGAAAAGAGCAUUGCUUUCAUCCACUAUCUCUCCAUCGCCAACGCUAUCAAGGCCGUCACGCAACUCCCUCAGGAGCCCAAGUGGCAAGCGCCCCGCCGUGUCUACUACGGCAAGGACCGUUGCGCCUAUGUCUCCAAGACUCAGCAGCAGAACGCCGCCCAGUAUCUAGGAAUUGCACCUGGCUAUGCGCACAUGCUGACUGGUGCCGACCGCGAUGUUAUCUCCAACGCCUUGGCCCAGCAGUCAGUUGCUGCUGCCGCUGUUGCCACCACGGCCGGAGGGCUCAACAACCUGGGUAACCGCACCAUCUAUCUAGGUAACAUCCACCCGGAGACUACAAUUGAAGAGAUAUGCAACGUUGUCCGUGGUGGACUGUUGCAUCAUAUUCGAUACAUUCCUGACAAGCACAUUUGCUUCGUCACCUUUAUUGAUCCCACAGCUGCCGCUUCCUUCUACGCUCUAAGCAACCUUCAAGGCCUCAUGAUUCACAACCGUCGUCUCAAGAUUGGAUGGGGCAAGCACUCUGGUGCUCUGCCUCCCGCUAUUGCACUAGCCGUCAGCGGUGGUGCUUCGCGCAACGUCUACGUCGGUAAUCUUGACGAAACUUGGACCGAGGAACGUUUGCGCCAAGACUUCUCCGAGUAUGGUGAAAUUGAGCUGGUCAACACUCUACGUGAGAAGAGCUGCGCCUUUGUCAACUUUACCAACAUUGCCAAUGCUAUCAAGGCCAUCGAGGCCAUCCGUGGCAGAGAUGACUACAGAAAGUUCAAGGUUAACUUUGGCAAGGACCGAUGCGGUAACCCGCCUCGCCAGAUGCAGCAGACCUCCUCGCCGCGCAGUGAUGGUGUCGGCUCUCCUCAGACUGGCGGCUCGCAGAACGGAAGUUCGCCAUCGAAUGACGGCAACCAGCAGUCUGCGGCGCUGUUCAACGCCAACAACAAUCCUCUCACCAUGUACCUGAGCCAGCUCUCCCAGCACGCCCACCAACAACAGAAUCAGCAGCACCUCCAGAUGGCUGCCCAACAGAACGCCAUGUUUGGCACUGCGCAGUCUCCUGGAAAUGAGCUGGGUCUUGACAUGCCCCAGCCUCAGCUUGGCUCUCACGGCCAGUCGGCAAGCAUCUCCAACGGCUAUCCCACCAGCAUUGGCGUCUCCGGCUCGACCACGAUUGGUGGUCUCCUGGCUCCUGGCAGCGGCCGCGGCUCACACAGUCGUGCCGUAAGCCUACCUGCAUUCGGGCCUGGCUUUGAGAAUGGCGGCAACAGCCCCAACAGCGUGCAUGGCAGCAACGGUAGCGAGGGCGAGCAGCAGCGACGCGGCCACCAAUACCAAGCUAGCUACAGCGGGAUGGGCGGCAACGGCUUCGGUCUUGCCAUUCAGAGCGGCCUUAAUGGCUGGGCCGAAGAGGAAGUGGCCAACUAA